AUGUAUCUUAAUGGACACUCCGAGACCAACCACCAAAAGAAUGGUCGGUUAGGCGGAAGUAUCCAUGAAGAUGAUCCAAUAUGUGUUGUUGGCAUGGCGUGUCGGCUUCCUGGCGAUGUUCGAUCGCCUUCUGAGUUGUGGCAAUUCCUUAUGGAAAAGAAGUCUGGACAGGGGCGAGUGCCUCCAGAGCGUUACAACAUCAAUGGAUUCUAUUCCUCCAAAGGAGAGAAGCAUGGUGUCAUGAACGUGGACGGAGGAUACUUCAUUCGAGAAGACGUUAGACAGUUUGACAACGAAUUCUUUGGCAUAAACAACUACGAUGCUACAUAUGGUCAUACGUUCAACUAUUCGGAAUCUCCCUCUUAUACGGAUCUGAAGAAAAUGGAUCCGCAGCAGCGCAAGCUCUUGGAGAUAGUCUUCGAGUGUUUCGAAAAUGCUGGGACAUCUCUCAGCGAGAUGUCAGACUCCAACACGGGAGUAUACGUGGGUAACUUCACUCAAGACAGUCUCCAGAUGCAGAUGAGAGACCCAGAUGAAUUACGGCGCUAUCACGCCACCGGGAACGGUCUAACCAUGCUGGCUAAUCGAAUUAGCCACGUAUUCAACCUUCAUGGUCCAAGCUUAACGCUUGACACGGCAUGCUCGUCUUCGAUUUACUGCUUGCAUCUAGCUGUUUCUGCGUUGAAAGCAGGGGAUUGUGAUGGGGCCAUCGUGGCUGCUUCCAACUUGAUCCUGACUCCGGGACCACAUAUCGCAGCCAUGAAGGCUGGCAUGCUGUCUCCCACAUCAACGUGUCACACCUUCGACAUUUCAGCCGAUGGCUACGCGCGAGCCGAAGGCGUUAACGCCGUGUACGUAAAGCGCCUCUCUUCGGCCAUCAGAAACAACGAUACCAUUUACGGUAUUAUUCGCGGGACGGCAGUCAACUCGAACGGUCGAACUCCUGGAAUGAUUUAUCCCAGCGCAGAAUUCCAAGAAGUUGUAGUCCGUAAGACGUACAAGGACGCCAAUCUCGACUUCUCCGACACGGACUACAUCGAAUGCCAUGGAACCGGAACGGAAUUAGGUGAUCAUGUCGAGUUAAAUGCCUUAGGAAAUUGCUUCUCUAGCCGUGAGAAACCUAUCCUGAUCGGAGGCACGAAACCAAGCUUCGGCCAUAGCGAGGCAGCAAGCAGCCUUACGUCGCUGAUCAAGGCUCUGCUGGCCUUUCAGCAUGGCCUGAUACCACCUACUCGCGGGGUUGAGACGCUCAAUCCGAAACUCGAAUUGGAGCGUCAUAAUAUGGAAGUUGUGACUGAACCACGCCCAUGGCCACGGAAGACUCAAAGAGUGAGCCUAAGCUCCUUUGGCUAUGGGGGUGCCAACGCGCAUGUGAUACUCGAAUCGCUUUCCAGCUAUACGGAUUCUUCACUCCCAUAUAAGAAUGGGCUUCAUGAGACCUGUCAGCCUCUAUUGUUGCCGAUUUCGGCUUCCUCGCAAAAGUCUUUGGAGACUCGUAUCGGUCAGAUACAACAACUUGCCCAGUCAUGCGACGUUCCGGCUAUCGAAAGUCUAAGCUAUACCCUAGCUGAGCGCUUGUCGCAUUUGAGAUACCGAACAUCAUUCCUUGUAACUCCUAACAAAGAUGAAACCCCUGAGGAUUGGCCAAUGGAGCUAUCGGGAGAUUCUCGUGACAGCGAAGGAGACCCGCUUCGCUUCGCGUUCGUAUUCACCGGUCAAGGAGCACAGUAUAGCGGCAUGGGAAGAGCACUUCUUGACAGCAGUCCAAUCUUUCUCAACACAAUUAGAGAACUAGAUCAAGUUCUGCGGAAUCUUCCACCACCAUAUACUCCCGACUGGACCUUGGAGGGCAUGAUGCGGGGAGAUACCGAUGAUAACAAAAUAAACGAAGCCGUGAGGAGUCAACCGGUCUGUACAGCUUUGCAGGUUGGCCUCGUUAACCUUUUACAAGCCUGGGGUGUCCAGCCCUCUGCUACUUUGGGCCACUCCUCCGGCGAAAUUGGUGCGGCAUAUGCGGCAGGCCUCCUAAGCGCAUCUCAAGCUCUUCUCGUCGCAUACUUCAGAGGGUAUUCAGUAGCGGAGAACCCCACCUCUGGUGCUAUGCUUGCUUGUGGAUUUGGCAUUAAUCAGGCUGAAGAGGUCAUAGAAAAAUGCGGGCUUACAGGACAAGUCGGUAUUGCCUGUUUCAAUUCGCCGGAGAGUUUGACAUUGAGUGGGCCGAAGGAUUGUAUUGAUCAGAUACAAUCAGAACUCCUGAGCCGGAAAACAUUUUGUCGAUUGGUGAAGACAGGCGGUCAACCAUACCAUUCUUCGUGGAUGAAGAAUGCUGGGGCUACAUACGAGAAACUGCUCGAACCGUACUUCCAGGAUAAGCCCCACGAAAGCCCCUCUAAAGCAGCGAUGUACUCGACUGUCUAUCACAAAGGUGAUCGUCCCGAAAGUGUCGAUGCAUCUAUUCCAAUGGCCAAGUACUGGAGGGACAACCUCGAGAAACCCGUCCGAUUUGAUUCCACGUUGAAGCAUCUUAUCCAAAAUGAGCGACUCCAUCUCAUCGAGAUAGGGUCUCAUUCAGCACUAAAAGGUCCUAUAAAUCAAAUUCGGAGAGCUGCGAUGCUAGAUGAGCAAGCCAUCCCUUAUAGUUCGACAUUAAUCAGGGAGCAGGAUGCUCGUCUGAGCAUGGCAAAACUAGCAGGCAGGCUAUUCACCUACGGAUAUGAACUGGACUGGAAAGCCAUUAACCAUAUCCCCGGUAGAAGCCGUAUUCUGUUCCCAAAUCUACCUCCGUACCCCUGGGAUUACUCGGGCGGUCUACGAUGGUUUGAGCCUCGUGGGAGUAUCGAAGUGCGUAACCGAUCUCUCAUUAGACACGAAAUGCUUGGCUCCCAGCAAGUUUCCGGGAAUGGGAUCGACUGGAGCUGGCGAAAUAUCCUCCGCCCGAGCGAGAUGCCGUGGAUUCGGGACCACAAGAUUGAGGAUCUAGUGGUAUUCCCAGCCGCGGGGUAUCUUGCCAUGGCCAUAGAAGCAGUUACUAGUGCUAGAGUAACAAGUGGGAGCCCCUUACACGAGCGUACGACAUUUGAUCUACAGAAUGUCAGUAUCAAUUCUGCCAUGGUAGUCCCCGAGGACAAUGAUUUGGGACAUGUGCCCGUUGAGGUACACACGAAGCUUACCGCGCGGAGGUUAUCGUCCAAAACUUCUUCGGCAGCUAUAUACGAUUUCACAAUAUCGUCUUGGACAGCUGGGCAGGCUACUGUGCACUGUCUAGGAAGUAUCAGAGUGUCUGACACACCGCCUGAAGCUACAGCAGCAGUCAACGGGUUUUCAAGUCCAAGCGGGUAUAGGAACUGGAACGUGGCCAAGUGGUACGAGAAAUUCACCGAAGAAGGGGUAUCGUUUGGUCCGCACUUCAAAACAUUAACCUAUGUGCGAGCUGAUAUCGACCAAGAACGGCCCGAAAUUCUAUGCACGGCCAAAAUCAGUUCCCCGAUGCUAAAGGACUCGGCCAACCGUUAUGCAAUGCAUCCCGUGACAAUCGACGCAUGUCUACAGGCUACUCUGAUAAGUGCUACAUCUGGCGAUCCUGACUCUUUCCGAGCCUAUGUACCAGUGUUUAUCUCAGAGUGUCGCAUCGAAACAUUGCCACUUCCGGAUGAAGACGAAGACCAGCAAGGAAUCAUCCGCGCCACGUCCCAGCGAACUGGAUUCUCCAGUCUAAGAGCGGAUACCACUUUACGAAAUAGAGAAGGGAUACCGCUGGUUCAAAUGAAGGGGGUUCGAUUGACCAGGUAUGCAGGAAAAGUAAUUAAAGACGAAGAUUCUAACAAUCCUCACUUACAACGAUACCCAGUGACAGACGUGAACUGGAAGCCAGAUGUCAUGCACUUGACACCGGAAACGGUACCUCAGCUGGAGGCUUAUAUUGCAAACUUUGCUCAUAAUCGACCGUCAUCAUCAAGCGAUGACGUGUAUAAGGAUAUCAUCAGCGCAAUAUUGGACCUGGCAGGCCAUAAAAACCCUCGGAUGCGGGUUUUGGAGAUUGGAGGAUCGAAUGAGCAAACGAAGAACGAGUGGCUAGAGUUACUAGCAGACAGAACCGCGUUCCCACGAUUUAGGUCAUGGCAAACGACAGAGCCAGACGUGGAAGGCCAUCUCAAAGCAGACGCCAUUAAAAAACCCGGGUUCGACGUCGUUGUACACAGUGACAACGCGUCUGAAAAGCUCUGGAAACACUCACCCAAACAUCUUAUAUCGCUCGUCGAUGAGCAUGGGAUUGCAAUCGUCCGCAAAUCCGACAGCGCCGUGUCAGAAUUAACGGCAUCAAACUUCCAAAUAAUAGAUAUCCAAGAUCGCAUCAUCGUGGCGAUUCGUAGAAAAGAGCCAGAAUUCUUCAAAGGACGACCAGUCCUCAUCGUCGUUCGAGAAGUAUCCCCUCCACUAGAGGCCUUCAUUUCUAGCCUAACGGAACACCUACGACAGACGCACAAGACUCAGGAGAUCCGCACCAUCUCGUUAGCUGAACUUCCAGCAAUAGAGAUCUCCGAAAAUGCGGUUUGUAUCUCGCUGAUAGAAAUAGAACGGCCAUUCCUAGCCGACAUAUGUGAGGAAGACCUGACCCAUCUCCAUAAUCUAAUGAGUGUUGUGAAAGACAUCGUCUGGCUGGUGGGAGCAAACCUGAUCGGUACCCCCAACCCUGACCUUACUUUGGUGCAAGGAAUAUCGCAUUCUAUCAUGGUCGAGCAGCCAUCUCUUCGGUUUACAGUUCUUGACGUUGGAUCUAUCGAUGUCUUAUCAUCCGACGCGCGGAGAUCGUGUCAAGGUAUUCUCCAGGUGCUUGAGCACCACGAGAAAAUUGACGAUAGAGAAUUCGUUCUUUCCAAGGGCCUCUUAUACGUUAGCCGCAUAGAGCCCAACACAACAGUCAAUACGGUGUUUCAGAGCCGAACGAAGAAAACACGUUCAUCCAUGAAACAAUUGACACUUUCUGACGCUAGCCCGGCCAAUCUAUGUAUAGAAAAAGUAGGGAACAUGGAUUCCUUAUAUUUCCAGCAAAUUUGCGAUCCGCAUACGAGCACACCUAGAGGUUUUGUUGAUGUCGAGGUGAAAGUUGUUAGUCUGAAUGCGAAGGACGUGUAUGCGAUGAGCGGACAUGUCGAAACUAGAACCGGUACGUCGAGUAUUGAAUUUGGUGGGGUGAUCACAGGAAUAGGACCAGACGAACAGAACCUCAAGGUAGGAGACAGGGUAGUCGUCCUCAGGCCUAACCACUCCUCAACGAUUGAACGCGUGCCUGUUUGGACCUGUCAUAAACUCCUUGAGGGCGAAGAUAUGGCGGCGAUGGCAACGCUGCCAACUAUAUACGCCGCCGCCUUGUACGCCAUUCGCGACUGUGGACGACUGCGCGCCGGUGAGUCGGUCCUUAUUCAUUCAGGUGCCGGUGCUUUUGGCAUUGCUGCAAUAACCCUAGCACAACGGGCUGGUGCCGUUGUAUAUACUACCGUUAGCUCGGAUAAGAAACGUGAGUUUCUAGUCAAUCAUCUUGGCCUGCCUGCUGGUCAUGUUUUUAGUUCCCGGGAUGAUUCGUUCGAGAAGGCGUUGAACACGAUAACAGGUGGUAGAGGAGUCAAUGUUGUUAUUAAUUCUCUGGUUGGAGAUUUAAUGCAUGCCAGCUGGCGUUGUCUGGCUCAGUUUGGCCGCUUUGUAGAAGUAGGCAAACGUGAACUGGUCGACGAUGGAAGAUUGGAGAUGGAUAUCUUCUCCCGCAGCACGACUUUUGUUGCAUUCGACCUUAGCGAGACGUUUUUUCAAGAGGGAGAUUAUUAUGAGAACCUACUAGCUAGUCUGAUCAAGGAAGUCUUGCAGCUGUAUCGCUCAAAGCAGAUUCAGCCCGUACCCAUCACAACUUUUGACGUAUUGAACAUUACCCAGGCAUAUCGUUAUUUCUCUUCUAGGGAUAGGAUUGGGAAGAUCGUCGUCUCGUUUGAGAACCCCAAGAGUCUCCUGACCGUCGCGCCUCCUAAGUAUAUUACGAUACUCGAUCCCGCGAAAGUUUAUCUUCUUGUGGGGGCCCUUGGAGGCCUAGGGAGGAGUUUAGUCCGCUGGAUGAAGUUGCGGGGUGGGAAAAAAUUUGUCUUCCUCCAAAGAUCAGGCUGCGAUAAGUCGAGCGCACAGGAGUUUGUGACUUGGCUGAAACAAGAAGGGGUGUCUGUUAGGGUGGUUAAGGGCGACGUCACAAGGAUAGACGACGUCGUAGCGGCCAUAGCAGCAUGCAAGCAACUAGGCGGGCCUAUCGGCGGAGUAAUGCAAGCCGCAAUGGGUCUCCACGAGGACCUCUUUAGCGCCAUGACGAGUGACUCUUGGCAUGAGAGCGUAAGGCCUAAAUGGGCGGGUACGUGGAAUAUUCAUAGGGCGCUUGACGGACAUGAAGAAGGUCUCGACUUUUUCCUCAUGAUCUCCUCUAUGAACGGGACCACCGGUUUACCAACAGAAAGCAACUAUUCUGCGGCGAACGCAUUUCUUGAUAGUUUUGCACACUGGCGGAGAAGCCAGGGCAAGACAGCCGUGUCACUCGCGCUUGGAAUGGUGGCUGGUGUUGGCUAUCUUCAUGAGAACCCCAAGAUUGAAGAGUUGCUAUUGCGGAGAGGUACUCAACCUCUGAGUGAGAACGAUGUUCUCCUACUUGCCGAUAUUGCGAUUGGGGGCGUCAGUAGCUAUAGCGGCUUAGGACAGGGACAAGAAAAUGUAGCGCCGGCUCAUAUUCUCACUGGUUUGGAAACUGCGAAUCUCCGGAAGAUUAUAAGUCAAGGAUUUGAAGUUUCUAACUCAACUCUGGACGACCAACGACUUGCUAUUCUCGCAGCAUCGCUGGAGAUUGCUAGCAAUGCUAGUGGCUCGAGCGGAAACAGAAAUUCGGAAGGUGACCAUCAAAUCGUUAGCACUCCGUGGAUGAGAGGCUUACCCCAAGAGGUUACGAAUACUCUCCGGCCAGAACUUGCCGAGGCUUCUUCUCUGAAGGGAGCGAUAUUGGGAGCCCUAACCAAGAGAUUCUCGGAUUUGUUGCUUACACCGAGGGACCAAAUUGAUCCCAAUAAGCCAUUUGCGCAAUUUGGAUUGGACAGCAUGAUCGCGUCGGAGUUUAGGUCUUGGCUUUGGAACUCGUUAAAGGCGGAUAUUCCGUUUUUGGACCUGUUAGGAUCUCGGAAGUCCUUGGACACGGUAGCAGGACUUGUGGAAGCAGAUUUACUAUCACGAGCUGUAGGGUCUGAAGGGUGAGAAGGUAUGCCGUACAAAGUACAAACGGCAAAAAGCAUUUCCGCGCGGUCACCUGACCUGCUGAUAAAUCUUACCCCUGUCACACCCUGUUACCCUUGUUAUCUCGGUUAUAUCCAACCACCAAUCAGGCAAUGCGAAGCUGUGGAUCGGAGAAUCUUAUCUGAUUGAUAAUUAGGCUUGGCAUUCUCUUUUCUCAAUCAACAACACAUUGGAACCAGGCAGCUACCAAGCGCUUACCGUGUAUAAUCCACAACUACCUAGGUAUAUUCCAAUUGUGUAUU